GCGGACUGCUCCCAGCUGCGACCAUCCGGCCCUUGGCCUCUGCGAAGCCGGGGCCAUUUAUAAGAUGACACUGAGGGAACUUUGGAUUCAAUUCUGAGGCAUUCUUCGAGAUGGACACUUGUAAAUGACUGCAGGCGGUUUCCGGUGCCCCCUGGCGACGGUGCAGCCUUUCCCCCAUCCGCGCUCCCUCCAGCUCCAGCCGUGCGCAGCCGGCCCCGGCCAAGUGGGGCUGCCGCCGAGUGCGCCCCCUCCCGGGACGCCCACCCUCGUGCGGGGGGGCGGUGCUGCGGCGGCGCGGGGCGGGCCGCGGGGGCGGGGACGCUGGGCGCAGGAGGCGCGGCCGGGAGCGCCGCGCGCCGGGAGCGGGGCGGCGGGCGCCGGGGCUGGCAUGGCGUGGCCCUGUAUCAGCCGCCUGUGCUGCCUGGCGCGGCGCUGGAACCAGCUGGACCGCUCCGACGUGGCGGUGCCGCUCACCCUGCACGGCUACUCGGACGUCGACAGCGAGGAGCCGGGCACGGGCGGCGCCGCCUCGCGCAGGGGCCAGCCUCCCGCGGGCGCCCGGGAUUCCGGCCGGGACGUGCCGCUCACUCAGUACCAGCGGGACUUCGGCUUGUGGACCACGCCCGCCGGGCCCAAGGAUCCGACGCCGGGGCGCGGACCGGGGGCGGGCGGCCGCAGGGGCAAAUCCUCCGCGCAGUCCUCCGCGCCACCUGCGCCCGGCGCCCGCGGGGUCUACGUGCUGCCCAUCGGCGACGCGGACGCGGCUGCAGCAGCGACCACGUCGUACAGACAGGAAUUCCAGGCUUGGACUGGAGUGAAGCCCUCAAGAUCCACAAAGACAAAACCAGCCCGAGUCAUCACAACCCACACUUCGGGAUGGGACAGCAGCCCUGGGGCCGGCUUCCAGGUCCCAGAGGUGAGGAAGAAGUUCACUCCUAACCCCUCCGCCAUCUUUCAGGCCUCAGCUCCCCGGAUUCUCAACGUGUGACUGCCUGCACCGUGACACCAUGGCUGCCGACAGGACAGGGCUGGGGAGCGGCCUCAGGACCCACUGCCGCGGGGCUGGGCGAGAGCAUGGCAUGGGCCCCUGCGGGAGGGCACAGCCCCUCUCAAAGCUGUCACCAGGGCCAAAGUGCUGGUGUGGGGCAGAUGCACCGAUGGACUUGGCACACCCAGCUCAGCUCAGCCUCAAGCAUCCUCUUGAGAAGCCUAUGGAAGGCUCCCGCGUUCGUUAACUGCCAUCUGGCCAUCUCUCAGUUUUGAAAUCUCUGAGGAGGCUGAGGAUCAAGUCAGUUGGGAACCGAAUUGGUCCAUGGAAGCUGAGGAAUGUGGACACAUCCGGCCCUUGAAAGAACCAGUUAUGUCCACUUUUGGUGGAUUUCCCAGGAUGCGUGAGCACUUGAUUAAUUUCAUAACCUACAGUGGGACCCUUGGCUCUUCCUACAGAUGGCCCCUGCAGUUGAAGCUGUUGGAAUCUUGGGCCGUCACCUGCAUGACUCAUGGUGAUGCUGAGUAUCCAGGAGGAAAUUUCCAGAAGAAACAGACUGUCAGUCACGGGCUUCCACUUCACAGACCUCCUUAUGGCCAAGAUGAGCCUCAUGUUUUAACAAAACAGUUCUUGGGAUUGAAUGACUCACAUUUACCUUGUGGUAGGUUCUAAAGAUUGAAUCCACAUUUUGUUACUAAUGAUUUUCCCGCUAACAUAAGGAUGAUGAGCAGGGAACUAUCAUACACACUGGAACUGUUUUUGGGAAGGUGGCAUUUGUCUCAUUCCCUGAAAUACCUUAAAAUGUCCUCUACACCAACCCUUCCGUCUACCCUGCUCACAUGUACAGUGACGGGGAACUCACCACCUUUUGAAGAGGCAGUUCAUUUUCUUUGCAAAGCUCUCUCCUAACUUCCUCCGUAAAUUCCAGCCAGCAUGGCCACAUGGGUCACGCCUGGUGCCUUCACACAUUUGAAGGGUCUUCGUCUCUUUUUAAAGCUUAGAGGUACAAGCUUGGGACAGUCUUCAGUAAGGAAAUUGGUGGAUUUCCCUUUGGAUCUUUCUUCCUCUCCAGCCCACAAGUGGCUCUAGUGAGACGAGCAUUUAAGCUGCAGGUGGUGGCACUCGGGUCUCAGAGCCACCAGACGUGCAGGUGGGACAGUGGUUCCAGCUCCGGCUGCCUGUCAGCGUCCCUCCCAGGUGCUAGCCCUGGCAGGCACAGCCCUCCCCUCAUGCCAGCAAAGGAAAUGCUCUUGAUGAGAGGCUCGCUUUAAAGAAGCCCAAAGCGUGUGCUUAUCCAAGGGGUUCAGCUAUUCCUGACUUCACGGCUUGCAUGUUUGAUUUUUCUAAGAGAAAAGAGGCUGCCUGCUGGGUGUCUGUGGAAAUGAGAUUAAACUGUACAAUCUCAGAUUUUACUAAAAUGCAAAAAUGUACAGUUUCAGUUUCUUAAAUUAUAA